UUUCUUAUAUUUUUACUUUGAAUUGUAGGCAAAACCCUAAUGGAAUCUCCUCCACGCGCCGCCACGAGCAAGGUUAGCCGCACCACCGUAGAGAGUGGAGUGAAGGCACUUCUGAAAUGUUCAAAAUCGAAAAUCCAAAAACCCCAAUUACUCCCACAAGAUGAUUUCAUCUACCUUAACAUAACUCUCAAGAAAAUCCCACCAAAACCUCGUACUAAUGCUUUUAGAAUCCCUUUUCCUCAUCCACUACACGACCAUUCCUCUGAACUUUGUCUUAUCAUUGACGACAGACCCAACAGCAAACUCACUUCAGAUGCUGCUAAAAAGAUUAUUAAAGCACAAAAUAUACCGGUUACCAAAGUCAUCAAGCUUUCUAAACUUAAGACUAACUACAAACCCUUUGAAGCAAAAAGAAAGCUUUGUGAUUCAUAUGAUCUUUUCUUGGUUGAUAGAAGGAUUGUUCAUUUGCUUCCUAAGCUUUUAGGUAAGCAAUUUUUCAAGAAAAAGAAGCUGCCUUUACCGUUAGAUUUGACACAUAAGAAUUGGAAAGAGCAAGUUGAAAGGGCUUGUGGGUCUGGUUUGUUUUACUUGAGGACUGGUACUUGUUGUAUGAUGAGGAUUGGUAAAGGUUCAAUGGACGCGACGCAGAUUGUUGACAAUGUGGUUGAAGCAAUAAAGGGUGUUGUUCAGGUUGUUCCGAAGAAAUGGGGUGGUGUGAGAAGCUUGCAUUUGAGACUUUCUGAUUCUUUGGCGUUGCCUUUGUAUCAGGCGUUGCCUGAUAUCAAACUCAAGAUUCAGGGGUUUAAGGAAAAAGAAGCUGAAGAAGUGAGUGGUGAGAUAGUUGAGGUUAAGGAGAGUGGCAAGAAAGCUGAGGAGGGGUCAGUUAAGAAGAAGGGGAAGAAUAAAGGGAGGAUUCAUGAAGUUAGGUAUAUGGACUUCGACAGUGGUGUUGAUGAAAUGGGAAGUGAUGAUGAUGUUGAGAAUGUUGGCAAAAAUGAAGAAGAGGAAAGAAGUGAUGAAGACAUUGAGAGUGUGGAUCAUGAAGUUGAGAAAGUGAAAAUGGGGAAAGCAGAGAAGGGUGACAAGAAGGCGAAAAAGUUGAAAAAAACUGAGCAAGAUAAGAAAAGUAAGUUGUCAGUGAAAGAUGGAAAGAAGAAGAAGAGUUCUGAGGUUGAGAAAAAGCUGAAGGAUGGAUCAGUGAAGGCAAAGAGUAAGAGAAGCAAGAUAAGAGCAUAAGAAUAAUUAGUGUUAUUAAGAGCUUUACUGAUAAUAGAUCCCUUUAUAUUUUGAAGUCUUCAGCAGGCUGUGCCUGAGAUUUUGUUUUGAAGGAGAUUUUGCAUCAUCUGUUUUUAUUUGGAUAUUUUUGUUGCUUUUUCGUUUUCCCCAUCGUAUCAAUUUUGAAUUGAAGGAAUCCAUAGCUUAAGAUUUGAA